UUACCAAUAUCAGUAGUAGUUUAUCAACAUUUUACGAACACGCAUCCAACAAAAAACGAAAUCAAUAAAAAAAAAAGUUCAUUUCAUCAUGAAUCGUGGACGAUUUCGUAAUAAUCGAAGCAAUCAGCAUCGAAAUGACAAAAAAAUUGAUUCGGGCGAUGAGAAAAAUCCGGUUGUUCGAAGUUUCAUGAAUUAUGCCGAAGAAUUAAAUGACAAACAUGAUAGAUAUGAGCGUAUUGUUAAAUAUAGUCGCGAUUGUACGAUUGAAAGUAAGCGUUUGAUAUUUUUGUUGCACACCGUGGACCUGCGUAAGCCGAGCUCCAAAAAAAUCCUAUCGGACGCAUUUAAUCGUUUGACCGCUCUUUGUACGAGCAGCUUUGCUAGCAUUGCAAAAGAAUUGGAAAAUCGUGAUCCAUAUCAAUAUGGUCGCGCUUAUUCUGCUGGACUUCAAGAAUUCGUUGAAGCAUUUACAUACUACGAUUAUUUAUUCAACGAUCACAUCAUGAACUGGGACGAUUUGCAACAGAAACUUACGUACACAAAGCAGCCGGAAAAUGUCGAUCCAGAAACAGCUACCAGCACCGAUAUUAUCGUCGAAGACACUCCAAAUGAAGCACCAUUGAAAAUAAAAUGUUUUGUGCAACCGAUUGAAUUCAUGCUGGGUUUGGCCGAUUUAAGCGGUGAAAUUAUGCGAAAAUGCAUAAAUUCGCUUGGAUGUGGUGACAUCGAGACGUGUCGCAAAGCGUGCAAUUUUGUACAACAUCUUUACUCAGGAUACCUGAGUUUGGGCUCAAUGCGUCACAAGGAAAUGUCACGAAAGGUACAUGCAAUGUACCAAAGUGUGCUCAAGGUCGAAAAAGUUUGCUACAACAUACAAGUUCGCGGUUCGGAAGCGGCCAUUUGGAGCUCAAACGAUGCCAUCGAAAAAGAUCGCGACGAAGAGGAUGAGGGAUUUGCCAACUAUUAAAAUCAAUACACAUCUACGGCACAUUUCUUCUUUAUUUUAUACUUUCAUUUAUAUUAUUUAAUGGGAUAAAAAAUAAAAAUUCAUUUUUUCCACAUUCUAAAUUAA